GACUGAAUAACACUAUAAAACAAGAAAACAACAUCAACAGCAAUAAGAAUAUAUGUUAAACCAUUUUUGAGUCAUCAAAGUGGGUGGAAUCAUAAAAAUCGAGUACAGCGGCGUCUGCACAUCGAAACCCUCGACAUCCCUAGCCACGACGUAUCUAUGCGCAAAAAAAGUGAAAAAACGGAAAGGAAUCGAAUUUAUACACACUUGCACAUGAAUCUCAUUUACAAAUAAUUAUAAAAGAAAAGCAUUCGAGUGUAAACGAGCGACUCCAACUAAUAUGUAGACAUCAAAGAGCAUAAAGUGGCAGUGUUUUAACUAUGAAAAACUACAAAAAUAAAAAGAAACUUCCGCAGACGUCAGCAGCGGCGCAGAGGCAGAGAUAGAGGCAGCGACAGCGACAGAGCCGACGACGAGUACCGUUGUUGCUGGACAACGACGACGACGACGGCGACGACUACGCAAAUUGGCCCCCGCAAAAAACACUUUAAAUAUAAUAAUAACUAAAUAAAUCUCAGACAAACGGAGACUGUAAUUGUGCGGCGGCAACGGCAACGUGUGUCGUGUUGUCAUGCAUUUUGUCACACAGCAGCGCCACCAGCAACAACAACAACAGAGAUCCAGCUCGUCCUCGAAUUCGUCAAUAGCAUCCACAUCAUCGGCACCAUCGGUCAGUGCCAGCAAUCGCUUUGUGGCCCUGUGCAAAUCUUCCAGCCAAGGUGCCCUACCCAAAUCCCUGGCCACGGCACAAAACCUUUACCGACAGUCGGCACACCACCAACACCACAGCCACCACCACCAUAGCCAGCAGCACCAACAACAACAACAACAACAUAGGCAACACAAACGCACUGCCAGCCUGAAUGCGACGCCCAUGAUUAAAGAUAUUGAUACCAUAACCAACCCAACAACAACAACAAUCAACACAACCACCACCACAUCAAGUGUAAUCAUAAACGCCCGAACUGCCGAUAGUCCGUGCAGUAGUCAGACCCCAGCCAAUGCCAAUGCCAAUGCCAACAUGUUAGCUGAGACACAGCACGAGUCACAGCCAGAGUCACAGACACAGACACAGCCACAGGCAGCACAGCUACAAGCAGAGCAAACGCCGGAGCGGUGCCAGGAAGAGCCACCAACUGCUCAGCAGGAACUGCAGCAGCAGGAGGAGGAGCAGCUGGAGCAGCAGCAAGAAGCACGGCCUGAGGAGAGGGCAGCGGCUGCUGCUUGUAGCAAUGGUGGCGACAGGCGCGAUUCCAUCACCGAGGAGAUUACAAUUACCACGACUACGAUCAACAGCAGUUUGAGCAGCAAAUUACUCACCAUUCAGGAGGCUGAGCACAGCAGCAUUUCCAUAUCGUCGACGUCUUCGAAACAGAAUACUUCCACAGCAGCCACAAACUCCACGGCAGCGGCGGUAUCCACAGCGGGCACUGUAGCAGCGGCCACUGUUGCCACAGCAGUUGCAGCAGCUGCAGCAGCAGCUUCAGGAUCUCAGCAACGCAAUGAGUCGUCGGCUGCCACCUCCUCCACCACCAAUGGCAUUAAUAGCGGCAGCAAUCCUAGCCUAGCCCAAGCCACUUCCAGCUCUAAUACGAAUUUGGCGAACAGCAGCAGCGCCCCCACGCCCAGCAUCAACAUUGUAGCCAGCGAUCCGGCUUCAAGGGAUCAACCACUGCAGUCACAGAGCGUCGACUCCAACGGGUGUGUCCAGCCUGCUGGCUCCUGCACGGACAGUCCCAGCAGUCGCAAGAGCUCGACCAGCUCCAAGGGACGCGCCAGUCAACCAAAACUCUCCACAUCGAGCAGUGGACGAGAUGAGGACACCGCACAGAGCAAGCUAAACGAGCUGACACCGCACGAGCUGAGCAUCCUACGCGUCGAUCGUGGCAGCAGCGAACAACAACAGGUGAGCAGCAGCUCCAAUUCCAACGAGAAGUCAGCCAAGCCCUCGCGUCUGUCGGAGCGUGCCAAAAAGAAGUCGUGGUACAACGUCAUUUAUCCCAAUUACAAAUCACGCGCCGAGGACUUCAAGAAACUCUUCAAGGACGUGCCAAAUGAUGAGCGCUUGAUUGUGGAUUACUCGUGCGCCCUGCAGCGUGAUAUCUUGGUCCAGGGCCGUUUAUAUGUCUCACAGAACUACGUUUGCUUCCAUGCCAACAUUUUUAGCUGGGAGACCUAUGUGAGCAUCAAGUGGAAGGAUGUCACGGCCAUAACCAAGGAGAAGACCGCUCUGGUGAUACCCAAUGCCAUAUCGAUAGCCAGUGGCAAGGACAAGUACUUCUUUGCCACAUUCACCUCGCGCGACAAGUCCUUCUUGAUGCUCUUUCGUGUCUGGCAGAACACGUUGAUGAACAAACCCUUCUCGCCACAAGAGAUCUGGAAGUACGUGCACAAUUGCUAUGGCGAAGAGCUUGGCCUGACCACCGACGACGAGGACUAUUGUGAUCCCACACUGUAUAAGGACACAGAGACCGAUGUGGAUUUCCACACAGCGCUUGAUGACGAUCAAUCGAAUCAAUCGCAACAACUACAGCAGCCCCUGCAGCGUUUGAGCGGCAACAGCAGUGCCAGCAGCGGCGGCAGUGGCCGUGCGGCAGCUCCCCGCAAAUCCAAAACAAAAUAUUUCUUCAACUCUUCAAAAUCUUCGAAUUCGGCCAACGCAUCGGCCAGCGGAUCGGACAACAACAAGGACAGUGCCCGCAAGCUGAGCAAAAAGAUGAAACAGAAUGCCAAAGAGCUGACGCUGAGCUCCGUGAAGCCAGCGGAGCAAUCGGUGGGCGUCACCAUGAUGAAUGUCCCAGGCAGUGGCAGCGCCGGCAGCAGCACCCGAAACAGCACAGAAAGCUCAGCAGCAGCAACAGCCGCAGCCGCAGCCAGCGGCACAGCCUCCACAAACAACAGCAGCGGCAGCGUGACGGCCACAGCCAGUGGCAGUGAUAAGAAGAGCGCGGAGAAGAAAAUCAGUACGAGCUCCAACUCGGGCGCAGCUGCGGCAGCGGCGGCGGCAGCAGCAGCCACGGCAGCGGCCGCCUCUCUAUCGGCCUCGUCGGAUGCCAAGCAUGUGGCAGCGGAAAGCAAGCGCAAGAUGAGCAAAAAUCAUCGGCAACGCGAAGCGGAAAUGGUCAGCAAAAAUGCCGAAGAGCAGGCACCCACAGAUGUCUCGGAUUCGUCCGAUUCAGAGGAGAAUAAUGUGCCCUUUGUGCCCACCACCGAGUGCACAUCGACGCACGAGGGCCGCCAAAUUGUGCACACCAUUCUGCCCAUCAGCGUGGACACGCUCUUCAAUUUGCUGUUCACCAAAUCCAAAUUCUUAACGGACUUCCAUGCGCUGCGCAAGUCCACGGACUUGACCAUGGGCGAAUGGACGAAGAACGAGGAGGGUCUCAGUGUGCGCACUGUCAAUGUUACAGUACAAUUGGCCGCCUCUGUGGGACCCAAGACCUCAAAGGUAACCGAAUAUCAAACGAUGAGGGCAUGCAGCAAGCCGGGAGAACUGUAUUCCAUAGACGUAAAUAGUGUUAAUGCAGGCAUUCCAUAUGCGGAUAGCUUCAGUGUGCUCAUACACUUUUGUUUGGCCAGAACGGUGGAUGAUCACACCAUGCUAUCGAUACACACACAAAUCAAAUAUAAGAAAUCAAUUUGGGGCGUUGUCAAGGGCUUCAUUGAGAAGAAUACGUGGGCGGGUGUUGAAGAUUUCUUUGGCGCUCAGUUGCAUGCGCUGCAGAGUGAAACGUGUAUUCCGCCUGCGAAGGGCAAAGGACGGAGACCGAGGCGUGGCAUAAAUCAACAAUCAACAACAACAGCUGGAGGUACAGCUUUAGCAAAAGUUACAACAACUGUAACCGAAACGGGAACGGGAACCGCAACCAGCACGGACAAUGAAAGCAUACGAGAGCCAUCACGACAUCACUACCAUCAUCAUCAUCAGUCGGAGCAACAUGAGCAUCAUCAGCAUCAGCAUUUGCACAUGCAUCACCAUCAUCAUCAUCAUCACAGUAGCAGCAACAGGGGUAGCCAACAGUCACAGCCACAGCUCGCACAGCAGCAUCAGCAAACGCACAGUCAAAGGCCGCAUCAUCAUCAUCAGCACUUGCAUCAACAUCAUCAGCAUACGCAGCCAUUGUGGCAUCAUCGUAAGGCCAUAUUUCAGUCGAGUAAAGGUACCGCCACACAAAUACGCCCCUUGGAGGAAGCAGCUGGCGGCGUUGGCGUCGGCGGCAGCGGUACGGCACAAGCUGGCAUUGGCGGCGAUACACUGCUGGAAUCACAUUUAUUGUCUGCGGGCGGCGUCGCCGGAUCGGGUGCCGUUGGGGCCGCCUCGGGCCAUGCGCUGCUGCACGAGCACGGCAAGUUGCAACAGUUGUCGGGCCUGCAGCAGCAGCAUCACCAGCACCACCAUCAGCAACAGCAUUUGCAGAAGCACCUGGGCGGCGUCGAUCUCGGCGGCGUUGGCCGACUGCCACUGGCCAUGGGCCAGGGACAGGGACACUACAGAUUCCUCAAACACAAGGGCUUGUCAUUGUUUGUUAUACUGUUGCUCUGCUUGAUGCUGGCAUUAAAUGUGAUAUUAUUACUUAAGCUCUGGAAGCUGGAGGAACGAAUUGAUGUGGAUCUCAGUCGACGAGCGAGCUUUCCCAGUUUGGCGGCCUUAAAGGAACUACCAAACACAAAUGAGGAAUGGCUGGAGCUGUUGCGUCAGCAGGAGCAAUCGCACGAGAGCGAGCUACGCAAAUGGCAUCAAGUGCUGCAAACUGCCAUCGAGUUGCUGAAAAAGGUGAGCAUUGUCUGCGAAAAGAUCUACAACGAUGACCAGCUGCGUCAGAGCAUUGAGUCGAUGUCAAUGCACACUGAAUUUUAAGCAUCUCAUUACAAACAAAAAUGUGAACCACAAAGCAACCAGCAACCACGAACCACCACAGCAACCAACAGCACAGCAACAGCAGCAACAAAACAGCAAGAGCGACAACUAAUUGUAACUGAAACAAACACUCACACAAACACAUACACACAUACAUGUAUACAUACAGUGCGUUUCAAAAGCGUUAAGGCGGAGUUAGAGCUGGGCAUUGGGUGACAGUCCCUGAAGUCUGUUUUGGCGAGUAGCUGAAGCCGAAGAUUGCGGCCAAGUUGCUAUUAGAUGGAAGUUCAAUGCCACAGGAACUGCCACAGCUGAGAAGAGAAGCGUAUUACAUAACAGAAUACUAUUUUCAGUGUAUCCUGAAUUAGGUGUAUUUAUUCCAGUGUAAUUUGCGUGCAAAAACUCCGCCACCUCGACAAUUCUGGCACUCCCAUGGCAUUAAAAACAUUUAUAAAAUGUUUUUCGAGCUCCUAACUUAUCGCCACGAAACGCACUGUAUUAGCGGGCAUUUGUAACUGAUCUCUUUAGUUAGAAAGACGUAAAAAAAAACCGUAAACAAUAUUGUUGCAUGUUUCUCCUUUUCUCUGUUCAAGAGAACGUUCACUCUGGGCGCAGACUGAUGUGGAAACAUUGGUAAAAACUUAGCCCAUGAAUCUUCCACCUAUAGUGCAGCCAGAGUAGACCGACUCUUUAGCUCUAGGUUUUUUGUAUGCCAUAGAACCCAGAGGCCAAUCCAAA